GGCUCGCCAACGCCACCGCCAAGGACGAAUACUCCAGGGAUCCAGCAGCACGGAGCUCACGGGAUGGCAACAGCGUUCCCGCGGGCGGUUGCGCCGGGGGCGCUCCCAUCAGGUUAGCUGCGGAUAUGCGCCUGGCGGCGGACGACGCACAGAAGCGCAGUCGGUCCAACCAGCUCCGCGAAGUGCAGCACAUCCUCGUCACCUACCCCCGCGACUUUCACCCAGACGUCGACCCGUUCUGGCUGGAGUACGCGGAAGCCCAAGGCGGCGACACCCCCGAGCUGAGAGACCGGGAAACGUCUUGGCCGGCUAAAAAUUUAGUACCCUUCCUGUCCAGGAUGCACGGUCCAGAGGUGCCAGCAGACGGCUCGCCGCCACACGUUGACUGGGACGGUAAGCGCUGGGCGGCCGCCAGAGCGGUGAAGCACCUCGCCAGCAAUCCACUUCACAACGAAGCCCGGCAGAAGCACUGCACCUCCCUGGCGCGAGACAAGGGGCCCAGCCCUUUUCGACACGAGCACGACGUACUCGCAGACUUCUCAGUGGGCCUCGACGCGAGCGCCUCCGCAACGGCCACCAUCGCUAGCCUGGCGCGCCAGGACCUAGUCACGAGCUUGAGCAGCAAGACUGCUCUGGAGACUGCUCCGG